GAUUUCGAUGAGAAGCAUUUCGCGUGCACAGGAACAUGAUUUGCGUACAAUCCGAAUUCUUCAUGAAUAUGGUGGAUCGUGAUUGGAAAGAGGGUGCCAUCUGCGAGAUACUGCUCAGCUCCGAUGAGGCUGGUCUCAAUAUCGUUCAAAAGAUAGUCCGGUUUCUUUUUUAUCACCGCUCUUUUGAUGAUGAACAUGGCUUUCGUCACUCUUACCAAACUUCACAUAGGGGGGACGGAUGCAGUAUUCAUUUUCGGAGGAAGAGCGCUGCCUCCAGGGUUGAAGUUCUUCUUGAUAGAUGUUCAAGGCACGCCUAUUCUCCUACGGAUGCAGCUUUUGAAACGCUGAAAUUCGCUUUUGCAUAUCUUCCACAGUGGGAUAUUGAUCUCAAACUUGUCAUCUUGUGUCACGUUCUCAACCAUGAAAGUUUGGAGCCUUUGAUGAACGAGUAUGACUUCGGAGCUUUUUUGUAUCGAAUAGAAGCAUGACAGUAGAUCUCUUACAAGCCCAAUUGUAUGCUUGCGAAACGGCUCUCGAGAUUGAGAAUAGGUACAAAGAUCAAAAAAUAAGCCCAGAAGCCAACGCGUCCUUGGCUUCACAUGUAGAAACUGCAAUAUUAUCUUUCAUCUAAUGCAAUUUUCCCCUAUUCACGAAGUAAACGUAUUAUUAUAAUUUGCAUGUACAAUCACACCCUCUCAUUCUCGCUCACUCUCACACAUACAAAUAUUUACCUUGAUAUAUAUAUUUCCAUAUUCCAUUCAAAUUAACGGAAGUACCUCUUUACUGCA